CAUAAGCAAAGCAAUUAUUUAACCCACGCUGAAGCUCGAAGAGGUCUUCAGCCGAUUGGAAAAAGUUGGUAUAGCGCUCGGUGAAAGACUCGAAUGUCUCGACAUCAUGCUGGCCAGAUGAACGGACCUGCGACCUGGUGGAAAAUGCACGAGAGCCCGUAAAGGUGGGACGUGCAGCAGCCCGAAAUGCCUUUGAAGACGGCAGCACCACAGCUAAUACCCUGCGUGACAUGGAGGACUGAGAUGUGUGUGGAUCUUGGGACCUUGAGAACAACUCCCCGGCAAUUUCCUGACCGGAAUUCCCCGACAUCGAAAAAAAGUUGACGACGAAUUUCUCCAACCUUCAGCAUCGACCGUAUUGACCUCAAGAUGAGCGACGCCUGGCAACAAAAUACGACUACGGUAGAGCCUCAACAAACAGAUGAAGGAUGGGGUAAUGCUGCGCGCAGUCCAUCACCAUCCCCUAAUGGAGGGGAUAAAGAUAUGAAGAAUGGCAUUCGUGGGGGGCAGCGAAGCCGCAGUCGCAGCCCUGUUCGCGUGGACCGUGGAAGCAAUCCUGGCAACAAUCUUCAUGUCUCUGGGCUCGACUCGAAGGUUGACAAUCGCGAGCUCGAGGCAAUCUUCAGCAAAUACGGAAAGGUGGAGAGAGCUGCAAUUAUGCACGACCCCCAUACCCGCGAAAGCCGUGGUUUUGGGUUUGUCACCAUGGAGUCUGUAGAAGGCGCGGAUGCGGCAUCGGCGGCUCUGAGUAACACAGAGCUGUUUGGAAAAACUAUUCGUGUGGAGAAGGCCCGCCGUGGUAGAGCUCGCACACCUACUCCUGGAAAGUAUUUUGGUCCUCCCAAGAGGGCUGAAUACGAGCGUCCCUAUGAUCCGCGUCCCUACGAUUCCCGCUAUGCUCGGCAUGACAACCGGCGCGAUGACAGGCGUGCGUACGGUGGAAGAUACGAGAGGUAUGAUCGAAAUGAUGACCGCCGCCCGGAGGAGAGGAGGUUUGAUGAUCGCAGAGAGAGACGCUACGAUGAUCGACGUGACAGGCGUGACCGCUUCUGAAAUUUCACGUCCAUUGGAUGAUGUCUUGGUCGCCGGUGGUUCUGCUUUUCUGUGGUUUAUCUUCCCUUGUAGGCGAAUGAAUGGUAAGACCUAGGUUCAUGGUCAGAAAAUUGUCAUGUCUUGUCCCUUGUGUGUCUAUAUAUGUAGCUAUGCAUCGUAAUCUCUUCUUGGCCCCUUGGGUUCAGGAAUUAUUGGCAAUUUGGUCACAAUGUUAUAUUGUUGCACUACAUAGUUCGGCUACAAGUAUCCUAACGUGAGAAUUCUAUG